ACGAGAAAUAAAUCUGUCCAGUUAACGAAAAUGGUUCGUUUGGAUAUAAUUCAGGGUUACGGAAACGAAAACCAGUGCUCAAGCGAGCGGCCUGUAGUAAUCUCUGGCCUGGGCUGGCGUACACAGUGCUGCGAAAGGGGCCGGGAGCAAGAGAAGGAACCAGAGGAUAAUAUGGCGGCGCCUGAAUGCGAACGAGAGGCUCGCAAGCGUCGCGAGAGACGCGACUCUGGAUGCGCGCACGAGAGAAAAGAACGAAGACCUCAUAGCGAGGAAAGAACGCCCCCACCACCGCCUCCGCCGCCCCUACACGACUUUAACAGGCUUGAGUCUGAACGUCGAGCAGAGAGAUUAUCGCGAGCGCGCCGUCCGCAGUACGGUGGCAAACGCCGCCGUGCUCCGUCCCGCAUAUCCAAACAACCUAAAGAAAACGAAUGCUUCACAACUACAGAAGAAAUCAGAUGCACCACCCCGUCCAAUUACGACUACGUUGUUAUACAAAAACCACAUUUAAGCGAUGAGCCGGAGACUUUAGACGCGGCCGCACUCCACCGGCAGGCUGGUCGCACAAGAGGCACUAUAUGCGAGGAUAGCGCUGGGGAUGCGGCAGAACGUGCCCGUCAACACGAGCGCAGUGCAGCACCCCUCAACAGCACUCGCCUAGAUCAGCCUUGCCCUGAUCGAAGGCUGGAGAAAAUCAGUAAGAAGAUUCAUAUUCUCAAAAAGAAUAUUGCAAAAUACGAAACUGACUAUGAGACGUUGCACGGGCACGCGAUCGCCCCGAGCGACCGGAUCACCGAUGUACAGCUCACCCGAAUGUACGAGAGCCUACGCCAACUGCAGGCGGAGAAACGAUCUAUCAAGACGGAUCCCGUCGAAUACGCCCUGAAGGUUCAAGCUGCGAAGCUGCAGAAGGAAAGAGAUGAAAAAUUGGAGAUUUGUCUGCAAAGCGAUAAGCCGAUGUCAGAAAUCGUUAAGGAUAUUGAAGAGUGGUUGGAUGGUUGCCGUCAAGCCGGAGGUCGCUCGACUAUCCCAGAGAGCAGUUGGUCGUCAGCGCAGAUGGCCGCCGAGAAGCUGUGCGUGCAGCGCGUGCUGCUCCGGCUGGAAGCGGCGCGCGGCCGGCCACCCGCGCACUCCGCAGAGCGCGGUGCCGCCAGACACCUCUACGAACGUUACAGAGCCGUGAAAAGAGUACUCGCCUCACCUAGAUCCGAUGCGCUGAUUGGCAGCACUAAUGGCGAAUUGGCGACCAUUCACGAGCACGAAACAAUGCUGUUCAACACGAGCGUGGACAGCUCCAGCGACUCCCAAGAAAAACCAUCUGAUUCAUCUCAGGAGACAACGGAAACUCCUCUCCAGUCUCCGCCCACACGUGACUCUGCUCUGACGGAAGAGAUGCCAUCGUCAACUUCCUCGGCGCAGUCAGCUACAAGCGACGACGCAGCCCCUUCUAACGAGGGCCUACAUUGUCUCACCCUAGAAGAAUUGAAUCGAGCUCUGAUUGAAGCCAAGCUGCAGAAGAGUGUACUGCGUCGUAGUAUCAAGGAAUACGAAAUCAGCUUCGAAUUGCAGAACAGUAGGAAAGUGCAGAGGGACGAUAAGAAAGGUCGCGAGGAAGAUUACCUACGUUACAAAGCGAUUAAAGCUAGAAUAAAGUUGCUAAACGCUUUAAUCAAUAAACAAAAGUCUUUAACACAAAACUAACGUGGUGCAGCUUUCGCGUCUCAAGUGCAGAGCUUUCAUAGGAACACAUCGAAUACAGUUCAUAAUAAUCGAUUGUUGUUUGUCAAUCGUCUCAUGCAAAAUGAUGUUUUGUGAUAUCCUCAGCUUGAUAAGACACGCAAUAGAAUAUCACUUCAAAAAAAAAAUGUAAAAAAAAGUUUAAAAUCACAAGCUUGCCGAAAUAUUUGAGUAAACUAGUUUAAAGUUCCUGUUGUUACAAAUAAAAUUCGUUUUUUUACAAAAGAACAUGCAAUAAAUAAAAAAGAGUAUCUUGUUAAAAUAAUAAAUAACUUGAUUACUUAAUUCGAUUCUUACGAACACUACAACCAAUUCAUUUGUUUUGUUACAUAAUGUAUAAUAAAUGUAAUAAUAUAUAUACUAUAGUUAUUAUAACUGUGUAAUUUUGUAUUGUUAUGCCAAGUGCCCUACCAAAUUCGUGUUCAGUGGUUACUGAAGCCAUCCACCUCACAGCAUGAGGAUGAAAUUUCAAUUAUAUUAAGCAACGGCUGUCCCACCAGCAAAUCAGAACGAAUGCCUAUUUCACGGCCGAAAUAGCUAGGGUGGUGGUACUUAGCUACCGAUGCGGACUUAAUACACCCACCAGUAAAAACAGAUAAAUAUGUACACUAUCACUAUACCGCCCAUUUACAGAUUAACUAUAUCAUUAACAGAUUAGUUAAGUUACAUACGUCAUAAAAAGCAUUCGGAAAGGUUUUAUCAUUUAUAGUCAAAGAUGAUAACGUUUUAUUAUUAUAUAAUUUGUUAUAAUUUACCAAAUAUUUAUCUAAGCAUUUUCCAAACAUUGUUAUGGUGCCAAACUUUGUCACUAUUGUAAUUUUUAUAACAAAGAAUCAAGAGAACAAAAACAGUAGGUACCUAUUGGAAAAGUCAUUUUCAUUAUAGGAAAUGUAUUUCUAACUUAAGAACGUAUAAAAGGCUUGGUUUUUAUAUGGUAGAUUUCUAAUUUAAAAUUAAUUUUAAGCUUUAAUAAAACUAUAUUAUACCUACAGAAUAAUGGUUACGUUAAUUGUGGUUAAUAUUAAAUUACGUAAAAUCCAUAAAAACAUUGUAAAAGUCCUAUUUGCAGCGAGUGUAAAUAUAUACAAUAUUUCGAAAAUGUAGUUCCUUAAGAUUGUUGGUAAAUAUUGUCUAUUAGAAAAAUAUGAGAUGA